UCUACCUCUGGCCACACUGUUCAAUUUUAAUUUUUUUGUUAAUAGUCGACUAUUUUUUAAAACCGCAUAAUUUCGGUUUUUUUAUGCAAUACAGAUAAUAUUUAUUGGUAAUAAACAGUGACACGCCACCAUGCAGUCCGUACUCACCCGCUCAUUAAACAUUGUCCGCAGAUCUUUAAAUGUGCGGCAGAUUGCCUCACUGUCAGCCCUUUCGGAGACUCAUCAAAUGCUGCAGAAGUCCUGCCGCGAUUUUGCCAACAAUGAGCUGAGUGGAAAUGCGGCCAAGUCUGAUCGGGAGCACCUGUAUCCGGAAAAACAGGUCCGCCAAAUGGGCGAACUGGGUGUUAUGGCAGUAGCGAUUCCCGAGGAGUUGGGUGGCACUGGUUUGGAUUAUGUGGCCUAUGCCAUUGCAAUGGAGGAAAUCUCCCGGGGAUGUGCCUCGGCUGGUGUCAUCAUGUCGGUGAACAACUCCCUGUAUCUGGGACCACUUCUCUCUUUCGGAAACGAUGCCCAGAAGGCGGCAUACAUAACGCCCUUCACAACCGGCGAGCGUGUGGGUUGCUUCGCCCUUUCUGAACCUGGUAAUGGAUCUGAUGCCGGAGCUGCGUCAACAAUAGCCACCGACAAGGGAGAUCACUUUGUUCUUAAUGGCACCAAGGCCUGGAUCACCAAUGCCUUCGAGGCGGAAGCAGCUAUCGUAUUUGCCACCACCAACAAGCAGCUGAAGCACAAGGGCAUUUCCGCCUUCAUUGUGCCCAAGGGCACCAAAGGCUUCUCGUUGGGCAAGAAGGAGGACAAGCUGGGCAUCCGGGGGUCCUCGACCUGUCAACUAAUAUUCGAGGACUGCGCGGUGCCCAAGGAGAACAUGUUGGGAAAGCCAGGAUUGGGUUUCAAAAUUGCCAUGCAAACGUUAGACGCUGGACGGAUAGGAAUUGCAGGGCAGGCACUGGGAAUUGGCCAAGCGGCUCUGGAACUGGCCGUGGACUAUGCCCAGAAGCGCCAGGCUUUUGGCAAGCCCAUCGCCAAGCUGCAGUCCAUCCAACAGAAGAUCGCAGACAUGUCUCUAGCCAUGGAAUCGGCACGUCUGCUAACAUGGCGCGCCGCCUGGUUGAAAGACAACAAGCAGCCCUACACCAAGGAGGCAGCAAUGGCCAAACUGGCUGCCUCUGAGGCAGCCACCAUGUGCUCCCAUCAGUCCAUCCAGAUACUGGGUGGAAUGGGCUAUGUGACGGACAUGGCGGCCGAGCGUCAUUAUAGAGACGCUCGCAUCACAGAGAUCUACGAAGGCACCUCCGAAAUCCAACGGCUGGUCAUCGCGGGCUCCAUACUCAAAGAAUACGCUAGUUAAGAUCAAAGUUUAAAUCUAAAAUUAAGCAAAAUGAUUUUGCCAUUUAUAAAAACCCCUUUCGAAAAAAUUGUAUAAAUAAUAAUUGCGUUUAUUAAACGCUGUUUGUAAUAAAAUUUCUGUAUUCUUAUACAUUUUA